AUGACUGGCCUUUCUUCGCCGCACAAUGGCUCCCUCGAGCGGGGCGAGAGAGAGUCUCUGAUCAACGAAACCACUCGACUCAAUGCCAGUCUCGAACGGGAACGUUUCAAGCGGGACCAUCGUUGGGCGCAUUUCCCUGCCAAUGUCGUUCGGUUGACCUGGACGACGUUAGUGCGCGAUUAUGUCAAUGUCCUGCUCGUUUUCGUGCCUCUGGGCAUCAUCGCCGGGGCCCUCCACUGGGACAGCACCGUCGUGUUCACGCUGAACUUCAUCGCCAUCAUCCCCCUCGCAUCGUUGCUGAGUUUUGCGACCGAGGAGCUGGCGGCGGUCAUGGGACAGGCCAUGGGGGGUCUGAUGAAUGCGACCUUUGGUAAUGCGGUGGAAUUGAUUGUGAGCAUCAUCGCGUUACGGGACAACCAGAUCCGGGUGGUCCAGGCCAGCAUGCUGGGCAGCAUUCUGUCCAAUAUCUUGCUGGUGCUGGGCUGCUGUUUCUUCGUCGGCGGCCUUCGCUACUCCGAGCAAUCCUUCAACAGCACCGUGGCGUCGACCAUGUCGUCUCUGAUGACCGUGGCGUCGGCGUCUCUCAUCAUUCCGGCCACGCUCUACGCCUCCUUGACUGCCUCCAAUGGCCCGGGGCACGACAAGACCCGGGAGAACAUCCUCCUUCUCUCGCACGGAACCUCCAUCAUCCUGUUGGUCCUUUAUGUCAUGUACCUUUACUUCCAGCUCCGAUCGCACGCGCGACUGUUCGAGGAGGUCAAUUCCGAUGCCGAGCAUCAUGGCGGUGACCCGGCCGAGACCGAGGACGAGGAGGAAGAACGCAUUCUGGGUCCCUGGGCCGCGAGCAUCGCGUUGGUCGUCGUGACUGUCCUCGUCGCCAUCUGCGCCGACUUCCUGGUCGGGAGCAUCGAUGACAUCGUCUCCCGGACCGGUAUGAGCCGCACCUUCAUCGGGUUGAUCCUCAUUCCGAUUGUUGGAAAUGCGGCGGAGCAUGUGACGGCCGUCGUGGUCGCCUGGAAGGGUAAGAUGGACCUGGCCAUCGGGGUGGCCAUCGGGAGCAGCCUGCAGAUUGCCCUCUUUGUCACGCCGUUCUUGGUCAUCCUGGGGUGGAUUAUUGGCCGCGACAUGACGUUGCACUUCCACGUUUUCGAGACCGUCGCCUUCUUUAUCUCUGGUUUGGUAGUUACGUUCCUCAUCCAGGAUGGAAAGUCGAAUUACCUCGAAGGAGGCCUCUGUUUGGGGAUGUAUAUGAUCCUGGCCCUCGCGUUCUACGUCUAUCCAGACAAUAUCAACGAGGACAACCUGUUCAUCGGUAACUCUUGA